GGAGCGCGUCGGUCCGCACUGUUCCCGGGAGCUCGAGGUCUUGCUCAGCCGCGCCGAGGAGCAGGGGAACCGGCCACCCCGCGCGGGUCAGUCGGGCCCAAGAUGCCGAUCAAUAAAUCAGAGAAGCCUGAAAGCUGCGACAAUGUCAAAGUUGUUGUUCGAUGUCGACCCUUCAAUGAAAGAGAAAAAGCAAUGUGCUACAAAUUAUCUGUUACUGUGGAUGAGAUGAGAGGAACUAUUACAGUACAUAAAACAGAUUCUUCAAAUGAACCUCCAAAGACAUUUACAUUUGAUACGGUUUUUGGACCAGAUAGUAAACAACUUGAUGUUUAUAACUUAACAGCAAGACCCAUUAUUGAUUCUGUUCUAGAAGGCUACAAUGGUACUAUAUUUGCAUAUGGACAGACUGGAACUGGAAAAACAUUUACCAUGGAAGGUGUACGAGCUGUACCUGAACUUAGAGGAAUUAUCCCAAAUUCAUUUGCUCAUAUAUUUGGUCAUAUUGCAAAAGCAGAAGGGGAUACAAGGUUUUUGGUUCGAGUAUCUUAUUUGGAAAUUUAUAAUGAAGAAGUGCGUGACCUUCUAGGAAAGGAUCAGACACAGAGAUUAGAGGUUAAGGAAAGACCUGAUGUGGGAGUUUACAUCAAAGAUUUGUCAGCUUAUGUGGUAAAUAAUGCAGAUGAUAUGGAUAGAAUUAUGACGUUAGGCCACAAAAAUCGUUCUGUUGGUGCAACUAAUAUGAAUGAACACAGUUCCCGUUCCCAUGCUAUAUUUACAAUUACCAUUGAAUGUAGUGAAAAAGGUAUUGAUGGAAAUAUGCAUGUUCGGAUGGGCAAACUACACCUUGUAGAUCUUGCUGGUUCAGAAAGACAGGCAAAAACUGGAGCUACUGGACAGCGAUUGAAAGAAGCAACAAAAAUUAACCUUUCACUCUCCACUCUGGGUAAUGUCAUUUCUGCGUUGGUUGAUGGAAAAAGCACUCAUGUACCCUAUCGAAAUUCAAAAUUGACUCGUCUUCUUCAGGAUUCCUUAGGAGGAAACUCAAAAACCAUGAUGUGUGCAAAUAUUGGGCCUGCAGACUACAAUUAUGAUGAGACUAUCAGUACAUUGCGAUAUGCUAACCGUGCUAAAAACAUAAAAAAUAAAGCCAGAAUUAAUGAAGAUCCAAAGGAUGCUUUGCUUCGCCAGUUUCAGAAAGAAAUAGAAGAACUCAAAAAAAAGCUUGAAGAAGGAGAAGAGAUUUCAGGCUCUGAUAUCAGUGGGUCAGAAGAUGAUGAAGAUGAAGAGACUGAGGCUGGAGAACAUGGAGAAAAAAGAAAAAAGAGAAGGGAUCAAGCAGGUAAAAAGAAGGUUUCCCCAGAUAAGAUGGUUGAAAUGCAAGCAAAGAUUGAUGAGGAGAGGAAAGCACUUGAAACCAAACUUGAUAUGGAAGAAGAAGAAAGAAAUAAAGCCAGAGCUGAACUGGAAAAAAGAGAGAAAGAUCUUCUUAAAGCCCAACAAGAACAUCAGUCACUUUUGGAAAAAUUAUCUGCACUAGAGAAGAAGGUGAUUGUUGGAGGUGUUGACUUGUUGGCCAAGGCUGAGGAGCAAGAGAAACUUCUGGAGGAAUCCAAUAUGGAACUAGAAGAAAGAAGGAAAAGAGCAGAACAACUUCGAAGAGAGCUUGAGGAAAAAGAGCAAGAACGCCUGGAUAUUGAAGAGAAAUAUACUAGUUUACAGGAAGAAGCUCAGGGAAAGACCAAGAAGUUGAAGAAAGUUUGGACAAUGCUAAUGGCUGCCAAGUCAGAGAUGGCAGAUCUUCAACAGGAACAUCAGAGGGAAAUUGAAGGUCUUCUGGAAAAUAUUAGACAGCUUAGCAGGGAACUUCGACUUCAGAUGCUUAUUAUUGACAACUUUAUUCCUCAGGAUUAUCAGGAAAUGAUUGAAAAUUAUGUUCACUGGAAUGAAGACAUUGGAGAAUGGCAGUUAAAAUGUGUUGCCUACACAGGAAAUAAUAUGAGGAAGCAGACUCCAGUACCUGAUAAAAAGGAGAAAGAUCCCUUUGAAGUGGACCUUUCUCAUGUUUAUUUAGCUUAUACUGAGGAAAGCCUGAGACAGUCUUUGAUGAAAUUAGAGAGGCCACGCACUUCAAAGGGAAAAUCAAGGCCCAAAACUGGAAGAAGAAAGCGUACUGCGAAGCCUGAGACUGUAAUUGAUUCUUUGCUUCAGUAAACGUUUACAAAUCUGAAACCACAAUAAAAUUAGCAUAUGUUCCAAUGGUUGGCUUAGAUAUUUAGUUUACCUGAGAAUAUUGAGGAUUUUUCUGUAAUUUGAUACAGCCAGGGCUAUAAAAUAAUGCCUUACUCUGGAGUAAGAAUUAGAAAUGAUCUUUUGUCCAAAUACUGUUAUGCUGUAUGUGUUAUAUUAACAUAACAUGUUCAAACAGUGUAACUAGUAGUUGUUAAAUUGUUGUAAUGUGCACUACUACUAUUUGUUUUGUGCAGGAAAAUUUGAAAGACCAUAUUGCACAGUGACAGUGUUAGAUGUGUAUUUAAAGUCACGAGCUAUUUACCUAAUACCUUCAUCGAGAGAAACUUAAUUUUAAGACAUGAAAAAGCUAAAUAUCAUGUCAUGUCUUGCACAUAGAGACUGGCAGCUUCAAGUAUCCUGUGUUGUACUGUUGUGUUUGAAUGUGGUAGCUUUCAUCUAUGAUAUGGCUCUUUCUGAACACUAAAUCUCCUUUUUCACUAUUUAAAUACUUUCUCAUUGCAAUGGUAGUAUUUGCUGUAGUUAAUGUAUGAAAUGAAGCAACUCAUCUAAAGAAAACAAAACACAUCUUUAUCAUGUCAACAAAUAAUGUACACUGACAAUUUACUCCAUCCUCCUUUCCAACCUUCCUGUACCUCCAUUGUCUUACUGCUCAUUUAAAUUCAAAUGAAACAUACAUUUUUGUUUGGGCUAAUAAAGGUACCAAGCCUAUGGAUUUAUA